AUGGGGAGGGGGGAUGGGGUGCAGUUGGGUGGGGGGGGACAUUCCCCAUCUCCUCAUCUCCUCCCGCUCUCCCUGCAUGUUCCCCCCCUCUCCUCUCUCCUCCCCCCCGCUUUCCAUCAUCUCCCCCUGCUCCUUCCCCGAUCCUUCCUCAUUUUUCUCCCAUCAUCUCCCCGUUCUCCCCUCUUCUCGUCUCCCCCAUCUCCCGUCACCACCCCUCCCCUCCUCCCCCCCCCCCCCCCCCCCCCCCCCCCAAUUCCCUGCCCCGCUCUCCUCUCAUCUCCCCGCCGCACCCCUCAUCGCACCCCAUCCUCCAUUCACCCCUCAUCUGCUCUCUCCCCCUCCUUUCCCUCCCCCACUCACCCCUACUUUCCCUUCCCGCUCAACCCUCCUUUCCCUUCCCGCUCACCCCUCCUUUCCCUUCCCGCUCACCCCUCGUUUCCCUUCCCAUUCACCCCCCAUUUUCUCCCACCCACCCCCCAUCCCCCAUCAUCUCCACCCGCGCUCACCCGUCAUAUUUCACCCCACCCAUCCCUCAUCCUCCUCGCCCUCUCCCCCCCUUCCACCAACUCACCUCUCGUCUCCCCCACACUUUCCUCUUACUGUUCCCCUGCCUUACAGAUGUAA